UCUAAUCUUGAACCACCGAAGGCUUGCGCAGGACGGUAUUCGGGUAGUGCUACACAGACAACCAAGAGACACUGCAAAAUGAGCCUCACAAAAGUGACGCGUUUCGACUCAGUGGAACUUCAAGAGGGUCUCGACAAUGACGCGUUUGAAGAGGAUGGGAGCAGGAUCACCGCGGAGGACCCCGACGCACAGGUUGAAGCAGACCGGCCAUCGUCCUCCGUGAACGUGGGGGGCGACGAAAGUUCAUAUACGCAGAUCAAACCGUACGCUGGCAUGCCUAAAGAAGUGCUCCUGUUGUACUCUCAACAAGCUCGUUACCGAGUGCCCCGCGAGAUUCUUUUCUGGCUCAUCGUUGCCUGCACGCUGGCUCUGGUUGCUCUGAGUAUCACGAUUAUAGCACUGUCACCACGGUGCCUGAGUUGGUGGCAGUCCUCUCCCGUUUACCAGGUGUACCCGCGCUCAUUCAAGGAUUCCAACAAAGAUGGCAUUGGAGACUUAAACGGCAUCAAAGAGGAGCUGGACCAUUUCCUGUAUCUGAACAUCAAGGCCAUCUGGAUCAGCCCGUUCUACAAGUCCCCUAUGAGGGACUUCGGCUAUGAUGUGGAGGACUUCCGGGACGUCGACCCCAUCUUCGGCACCAUGGAGGAUUUUGAUCAACUUCUUAUAGCUAUGCAUGACAAAGGUUUGAAGCUGAUAAUGGACUUCAUCCCCAACCACAGUAGUGAUAAACACAUCUGGUUCCAGAAGAGCUGUAGGCGUGAAGGCAACUACACUGACUACUACGUCUGGGCCAACUGCACUGAAGACAAACCUCCCAACAACUGGGUGAGUGUGUUUGGGAACUCCUCCUGGACGUAUGAACCCCAGAGGGGGCAGUGCUACCUCCACCAGUUCCUCAAGGAGCAGCCCGAUCUCAACUUCCGCAACCCAGAUGUUCGACGUGAGAUGAAGGACAUCAUCCGUUUCUGGUUGGACAAGGGUGUGGAUGGCUUCCGCAUGGACGCAGUGAAGCACAUGCUGGAGGCCCCACACCUGAGAAACGAACCCCAGGUGGACCCAACCCAGCCCCCAGAACUUGUGGACACCGAGUUUGAGCUACACCACGACUACACCUACACCCAGGUGGGCCUGCACGACAUCCUUAGGGAGUGGAGGACAGAGCUGGACACUUACAGCCGAGAAGCAGGCCGAUACAGGUUCAUGGUGACUGAGUCUUAUGACUAUGAGGAGAUUGAGAAGACCAUGAUGUACUACAGCACCGACUUUGUGCGUGAGAGCGACUUCGCCUUCAACUUCUACCUGCUGGACCUCCCCCAGGGGCUGUCAGGGGACCGUGCACACCAGCUGGUCAGCCUCUGGAUGACAAACAUGCCCCGCGGGAGAUGGCCCAACUGGGUGGUGGGGAACCACGACAAGCCGCGGAUGUCGUCGAGCGUGGGGCAGGAUUAUGUGCGUGCCAUCAACAUGAUGAUGCUGACGCUGCCGGGCACACCCACCACCUACUACGGGGAGGAGAUCGGCAUGGAGAACAUCCACAUCGAUGAGGAAGACAUACAGGACCCCUUCGGGAAGUUUAACCCCAAUGCCACUCGUGAUCCGUGUAGGUCCCCCAUGCAGUGGAAUAGUUCCGCCAACGCAGGCUUCAGUGGAAGUACCAACGGGACUUGGCUCCCCGUUCAUGAAAACUACACCACUGUCAAUGUGAAGGACCAGAAGGGCCAGCCCGACUCGGUUCUAGAGCAGUACCGCCGCUUGAGCCAGCUGCGCGUGUCCGAGCUGGCCCUACACCGCGGCUGGCUGUGUUUCGUACACAGCGAUGCUGACGUCUUCGUCUACCUCCGGGAGCAGGACGGGCUGAGCCGAGGCUUCCUAGUGGUCAUCAACCUGGGCCAGAACACCACCACCGACCUCUCCUCCGUCACAGAGCUGCCCGACAGGCUACGCGUCCACACUAGCACCCUGCCGGAGAACCAGGGGACCAGCUACAGCAAGAACGCAGUUACCACUGCGAAAGGGGAGGGGCUACUGCUGGAGUUCUCCUCCAAUAAGAGGUUCCACUCUAGCCACGAUUCCAGCUGUUACGUGUCAGAGAAGGCGUGCUAUUUAAGCCUGCUGGAUAUCAUGUACAGAUGCUAAAGUGUGUGUGUGUGUGUGUGUGUGUGUGUGUGUGUGUGUGUGUGUGUGUGUGUGUGUGUGUGUGU